AUGAACCAGCAAUAUGAUGUCCAUUCAGGUUUAGUCGUUGUAUCAAAUUCAAGCAAAGAUGAGAUAAAAGUUUAUGAAAAUUCAUUGGAUCUGAAAUCUAGUUUCAGCUGUAAGCACACUCAAGUAAAGAUACAUCAUCGUAAUGAUAAGACACUUUUGCUGGUUGUCUCUGAGAAGUCUGUUAAGAUCACGGAUCUGGAUAGUUGGUUUACUAUAAACUGUGACUGUACGCUGGAAGACUGUUUUUGGGGUGCAAACAAGCUACUGUUUUUGUUUUUCACCAAUGGAACUUGUGAAAUAUACCAGUAUGAGGAAAACAAUCUCAGAAUGAUAUUCAAGAUUUCUAGCAGCACACGGCCAUUUGUACAAUUCAAACGGCGAAAAGAAUAUUCCAUUGCGAGUCUGCUGGUCAGAUUUGAGCAUAAAGAGACGAUUUUCAAUUUCGUUGAUCGUUUGGACCAUGGUCAAUCUGAAUUGAUAGGUAGUUUCCCAUUGAUUGAAUGUUUGGGGUGUGUUACUUUCGGGUGGAUAGGAAAUCAUUUGUACACAUUGGAUAAAUCACUAUUGGGUGGAAUACAGUUGAGAUUGUACAACAUAUUUGGUCAAUGUGCUUUCAAUUAUGAAUGUCAUUCCACGUCAGUGCCUACAGAUGUGUAUACAGUGGGAAAAAGAUUAGUUGUUACUGAUACGAAUGGGUCAAUUUACAGUUUUGAUACGAUACUUGGGUUGCAACUAGAGUUUGUUCUUGUUCACGAGAAAUUCAGAGCUGAGGAAUUGGUCUCCGUAUCAGACUUUGUCUCUGAAAAAUCUCCACUAGAAUACGACACAUUUAGAGAAUGCGUGUCAUAUCUUUCAGUCACGAUUUUAGAUGGCUUAACAACUAUUAUAUCACAACUGCAAGGACAUUUCAGGUACGUAUUUGUGUGGUUUGGAGAGAUAUCAAGGAAAAUUAUUCGUCUACCCGAAGAAAGCCUUCAAGUUGAACUUGUGCAAGAUUCUAACAUUCUUUUGAUCCUUACCCUUUCUAGUCUUAUUAUAAUCACAAUAGAAAAGCAGGAUAUAACCAUCAAGGAUGUUAUUAGCCACGAAGAUGUGACAUCUUUCCAGGUAAUCGAUGUCACGCCCACUGAAAUUGAUUUAUUACUCAAAAACCCCCUGAAGAUGGAUAGGUACACAGUUUCUGUACCUGAGCAAGAAUCUACGCUAACUGUUAGACAGCCUGUAUCUAUGCAUAACGACGACGAAGAAUUCAAAGCAUUCCAAUUGAUGGACUUGGAUCAGAGCAUUAAAAUGAAUUCCACACUAACUGUAUUUUUGGAUAAGUAG